AUGUCCGAACAACCCCUCCUUCAAAGUGCCCCAGGCAAACGAAUUGCCCUUCCAACCCGUGUUGAACCCAAAGUCUUCUUCGCAAACGAGCGAACGUUCCUCUCAUGGCUCAACUUCACCGUUAUCCUCGGCGGUUUGGCUGUCGGCCUUCUCAAUUUUGGUGAUAAGGUAGGCCGCAUUUCUGCCGGCCUGUUCACACUCGUUGCCAUGGCGGCUAUGGUCUAUGCCCUUUUCACCUUCCACUGGCGCGCCAAGUCCAUUCGCGUUCGAGGGCAAGGAGGGUUCGACGACAGGAUCGGACCUACAGUAUUGGCGUUGGCACUGCUGGCAGCUGUUGUGGUUAAUUUCGUGCUUAGACUGGUAGCGGCAUGA